AUAAUCUUAUUAAUUACCUACGUAUUAACAUGAUUCUUGGAUUGUAUAUAAAACGGACCCGGAUUACUUCUUCAGUAGUCGAGAAAACUUCAAAAAGACUAGACAGCAGAAGUUAACAGGAUGAACCGCGUCAUCCUCCUUCUUUUGGCCGUGGCCCUAGCCACCGCCUACAAGAACCCCUACUAUGCGCCGGGCCACUCCGCCAUGGUGCACCUCUUUGAGUGGAAGUGGGACGACAUAGCGGCCGAGUGUGAGAGGUUCCUCGGACCUAAGGGCUUUGGUGGAGUCCAGAUUUCUCCACCUAACGAGAACCUGGUGAUUUGGGCCCACAACCGUCCCUGGUGGGAGCGCUACCAGCCGAUAUCCUACAACCUCGUCACCCGCUCUGGAAACGAGGAGCAAUUCGCCAGCAUGGUCAGACGAUGCAACAAUGUUGGUGUCAGGAUCUACGUAGAUGCUAUCAUCAACCACAUGACAGGAACAUGGGGCGAGAACCACGGCACUGGAGGCAGCACCGCUGACUUCAACAACUGGGGCUAUCCCUCCGUUCCUUACGGCAGAAAUGACUUCAACUGGCCACAGUGUGUCAUAUCUGGCAAUGACUACGGCUGCUGUCCUGAUAGGGUUCGCAACUGCGAAUUGUCUGGUCUCAAGGACUUGAACCAGGGCUCGGAUUACGUGCGAGGAAGAAUCGCUGACUAUAUGAACAAGCUCAUCGACUACGGUGUUGCCGGAUUCAGAAUCGACGCCGCCAAGCACAUGUGGCCAGGAGACCUCAAUGCCAUCUAUGGCAGACUUCACAAUCUGAACACCGCUCAUGGAUUCCCCCACGGUGCUAGACCUUACAUCUACCAAGAAGUUAUUGAUCUUGGAGGUGAAGUCAUCAGAAAGGAAGAGUACAGUGCACUUGCAGCUGUCACCGAAUUCAGAUAUGGAUUGGAACUGAGUGGAGUAUUCGGAGGUAACAACCAAAUGAGAUGGCUGAGUAACUUCGGACCUGCAUGGGGUAUGCUUCCUCAUGAAGACUCUUUGACCUUCAUUGACAACCACGACAACCAGAGAGGCCACGGUGCUGGUGGACGUAUCUUGACCUACAAGCAAGCCAAGGAGUACAAGGGAGCUAUUGCCUUCAUGUUGGCUCAUCCUUACGGCCAGCCUCAACUGAUGAGCAGUUACGACUUCUGGGACACUGAAGCUGGACCCCCAAUGGAUCACCAUGGCAACAUUAUCUCUCCUUCUAUCAACUCCGACAACACUUGCGGCAAUGGCUGGAUCUGUGAGCACCGCUGGCGCCCAAUCUACCAGAUGGUGGGCUUCAGGAAUGUAGCCGGUAACACUGGAGUUAACGACUGGUGGGACAACCAAAGCAACCAAAUCGCCUUCUGUCGUGGUGGCAACGCAUUCAUCGCUUUCAACGGAGACUCUUGGGCUUUGAAUGAAAGCUUACAGACUUGUCUGCCAGCUGGUACAUACUGUGACGUGAUCUCCGGAGAGAAGUCCCACCACUCCUGCACCGGCAAGACAGUGACUGUGGGACACGACGGUCGCGCGCACAUCAGCAUCUCACCUGGUGACUUUGACAUGGUCCUCGCAAUCCACGUCGGCUCUGAGUCAAGACUGUAAUCACCAACAACUGAGUAUGAACACCACUGAUCUACGGAGACAUACUCAGAAGGUACUUCCUACGGCAACACAUCAUAAGUCAAAAGUUUUUCAUUAUAAUACGAUCUGAGAUUAUUUAUAAUACUAAAAUUUAUUCAUAGUAAAAUUAUACGGUUUACGGUAUA